UUUCUUCCGUUCUUCAUUCCAUCCGUCGUUCUUCUCGUUCUUUCUCUUCGGUCUUCGGUCACGUAGAGAUCUAACCGUCGACCACGUUCACGUUCGUAGUUAUCUUAUACCACAUUUUGUUUAAAACGUCCAAAAUGUCCAACACCGAACGUACGUUUAUUAUGGUGAAACCCGAUGGAGUCCAUCGAGGUUUGGUUUCCAAAGUAAUGAAAAGAUUUGAAGAAAAAGGCUUCAAACUCGUCGCCUUGAAAUUCGUCUGGGCCACCGAGGAACAUCUUAAAAAACAUUAUGCUGAUCUUGCCGGCAAACCGUUUUUCCCAGGUUUAAUCAAAUACAUGAAUUCCGGUCCGGUUGUCCCUAUGGUCUGGGAAGGGUUUAACGUUAUUGCCACUGGCCGUAAACUCCUAGGUGCCACAAACCCUCAGGAUUCCGAUUUGGGAACGAUCCGUGGUGAUUACUGCAUUCAAGUUGGCAGGAAUGUGGCUCAUGGUUCAGAUGGUCCUGAUUCUGCAGCCAAAGAAAUUGAUUUGUGGUUCAGUGAAAAGGAACUCGUUCAGUGGACUCCAUCUAACCACGAUUGGGUCUAUGAAGAAUAAAAACAGAACAAAGAGAGAAAUAAAGCAUUUCACCUGUCAAUAAACUAGAACAAUGAACCAUCUAUAGUUGUUUUUUAUAAUAUCACAAUUGGGUUUAAAAAUCAUACGCCUUUCUAAACUUAUGUCAUUCCAUCAUGUGUAACAUCUUAAAAGUUUAUACAGGUUCAACACUUAAUAAAGAAAUAUUUAUAUGUU